GAAGCCAGGUCGAGCUGCGGACUCCAGAGACUAGAGCCGGCGGUGAGCGGAGUGGGCCAUGCGCCGCCGCCUCUGGCUUGGCCUGGCCUGGCUGCUGCUGGCGCGUGCGCCCAGUGCUGCGGGGACUCCGAGCGCGCCCAGGAGGCCGCGCAGCUACCCGCACCUGGAAGGCGACGUGCGCUGGAGGCGCCUAUUCUCCUCCACCCAAUUCUUCUUACGCGUGGACCCCGGCGGCCGGGUGCUGGGCACCCGCUGGCGCCACGGCCAGGACAGUGUUGUGGAGAUCCGCUCUGUCCACGUGGGCACCGUGGCCAUCAAGGCUGUGCAUUCAGGCUUCUACGUGGCUAUGAGCCGUCAGGGCCACCUCUAUGGGUCGCGGGUCUGCCGGGUCGACUGCAGGUUCCUGGAGCGCAUCGAGGAGAACGGCUACAACACCUACGCCUCACUCCGCUGGCGCCACCGGGGCCGGCCCAUGUUCCUGGCACUGGACGGACGGGGGGCUCCCCGGCAAGGCAUGCGCACACGGCGGCAUCACCUGUCCACCCACUUCCUGCCCGUCCUGGUCUCCUGAAGCCCUUUGAGGUCUCAAGGGCCUGCUGACAGACCUGGAGGCUGGGGCAGGAAGGAGGGCCCCCAGGACACCUGAGACAGGUGGCAGGGGCCAGGCUGCAGGGCGUUCGGCUCACUCAUCCUGAGCUCUAACUGGGUGCCUACUGGGGGGCCUCACUGGAUCCCCCAGGGUGGGGGAGGCAGAUGGCAAGCUGGGUCCACGGCCCAGCACGAGGAGGAACACGUCCAGGAUGAAGGCACGCCCAGGCCAGGCUGAGGAGGAGUGCCCGGAUGGGAGCUGGCAAGGGCAAAGGCUGAGGGGUGCACGGGGCAGCUGUGGGCAGCAAGGAGGGGCAGGCCUGCAGGGCCCAGCGCAGUGUGCGUGGGAUGUUCACCCUGCCACCAGGCGGCCGUGCUGCCAGAACAGCAGCCCAGACGUCCGUGCUGCCAGAACAGCAGCCCAGACGUCCAGGCCUCACCCCCAGGGCCUGUGGACAUGGCACUUCCCAGGGCAAGGGGCUCUGGGGGGGAUCAGGGGAGGAGACCCCCGAGUGGGGCCACCCAGGGGUCCUCCUGAGAAGAGGCAGGAGGGCCAAAGUCAGAAGCCCUGGAAGAGGCUGCGCGGCUGGCUCUGGGCUGGAGGAGGGGAGGGGGACUGUCCCUGGGCCUCAGGGGGAUCUAGUCCUGCCACGCCUGGGUUCAGCCGGGGCAGCCCACAUUGGCUGCCACCCAGAACUGUUUGACAAUAAACCUCUCAGCCUAUCAGAUGCUGUCGUGUGUCACAGCAGCAGGACACACACAGAUGCCAUCAUCCCAGCCUCCUGCCUCUUGGGAUGGCUACCAAGGGACUUUGGAUCUUCGCCCUCCACUGAUGGGCCCUGGGGACGGCACUGCCAGCAGCCAGUCCUCACUGUGUUCCUCCUGGCUGGGCAUGGGACCAGAACUGCCUACACAGGUGGCAGCUUCAGCUACCAGAGGCGACAGCAUUCAGAAGCUAAGCCUCGGGUCCCCACAGGCUGCGCAACUCAAAGCUCCCAGGAGCGAGCCCAGCUGCGGAGCUGCCCCCCACCAGGGCAGAUGGCGGCCUCCCAGGUAGGGGCUGACUGUGGGCUGCUUCUGCCCGCCUCCCUUCUCCGCUCUGCCACGGCAUCCACCAGGUCAGGCCACUGUGGUGUCCUUCCAGUCACAGAAGCCCACAAAACACGCAGCAGGCGUGGGGCAGGCGAAACCCUCGACUGUCCCCACUCCCUGGUACUGGGGCCUCGGGGUCAUGGGACUCCAGGGCACCCCACCACCUGGGCAGCAGAGGCUGCUCUACAGGCCACACUGGCUGCCCAGUGCCAUGGAUGGUCCCGAGGACGCACACCUGAGGGCUGGGAACAGAGGCCCUGCCUGGCUUCCUGGAGCACUGGUUCCAGUUACACAGUUCUGCCACCAAAUGCCACUUGGCCUUUCUGGACCACUCCACUCGAUGUCCAUGGCCUGCUCUGUGGUCAGAAGGCGUGCAGCCCCUGGGCUCCCGGGGGAGGCACGGCCCCACAGGACGGCACCCUCGCCCUGCCAGCCGCUCAGGCCCUCUGGACACAUAGGCGCGAAGGAAAACGCCGAGCCACCGGCUCCUCUUUCAAGUAGGUGUAUUUUAAAUAGCUUUCAAGAUACACAUAUUUUUUCCCUUUAAAAAAUGUCUGUUAGAGCAGUUUUGUUCCUGGUUCUGCUGGUCACCCUUGUGGUCCCGAGGCCGGCGCUCGCUGUGCGGUCCGAGGCCCCGUGGCCCGUCCAGGUGGCACACGCGGCCCUGGCGGAGCAGCUGCACAGAUCAUGCGUGGCCGCGCGAGAGCUAAAACGUCCAUUUAUUUCAAAGCAGUAAUAAUUUAAAAUCAUAAAAACCUUUCCACCGUU